UUCACUCUGAACAAUGAACAACACUACACAGGACAACUGCCUUAAUGUCCCAACCAGCAACAACACUGACUUCAGCAACAUUUUUAUGUUGGUUCCCCUCCAUGGCGCUGUCGAUUUUGGUGAAGAUGCGUUCAUCAAGUUUGUGGUGACGUGCAUAAUCAUUUGUCUCGGCCUUCCUUUGACCCUCGGGGCCAUCUAUGGUCUCUAUUCUCUGGUGAGAAAUGGUGAAGUUGCUCCGAUCUACGUCAUCAACCUUCUCAUCUCUGACCUCAUUCAGUUCUGCUGCAUGAUACUUGAGGUGGCACAGCCUAAGAACCUGUACGUGUUCUGUUAUGAGUACUGGGAGAUAUAUGAGGUCUUCAUCUAUAUUUACGACUACAGUCUGUUGGCCAGUGUUGGCUUCAUGGUGGUCAUCGCUCUGGAAAGGUAUUUGGUCAUCGUCCACCCACUGUGGUACCGCUGCAGACGAACCAUCAAGACCUCUGUGCUGAUCUGUGUCCUGGUCUGGAUCCUUCCUGUUGUCUUUGUCCUCAUUCACCGCUUCAGUGGUAUAACGGUCUCCUUAGGCAUUUACAUCAUCUUUCAGCUCCUUCCUCUUCUGCUGAUCAUAUUCUUCCUGAUUGCGACCCUCAAAGCCCUGUAUGCUACCGUCUCUGUCCCAGCUGACGAAAAACGAUAUAUUGCAGGAGUGUUGAUCCUGGUGCUGCUGAUUUACACGCUGCUGUUCCUGCCCAACUUAAUUCUGUUAGUGUACUGGUACGAUUUAAUCUUAAACCCAAAUGCAGGCAUCAUCCCACAUCUUCACCGUCUCUUAGACGUGGCUCCUGUGUUUCUUAAGUUGAGUCCUCUGGCAGACUUAGCUCUAUAUAUGUUGAUGAGGAAAGGGACCAUAAGCCAGCUUUCUGCCUGUGUGUGUCGCUGCAGAACAGACAGCAAUGAAAUCAGAUCUGUAACUGUGACUUAUGUCAACAUACAGCCCUUCUGGAAGUUUGCAUGGCGAGGAUUGAUCACGGAUGAGUUUGAUACCAUCAGAACAACAGAACAACAGACCAGCAAAUCAUCAUACCAACAGACCAACCAACAGACCAACCAACAGACCAGCAGACCAACCAAAAGACCAGCAGACCAACCAACAGACCAACCAGCAGACCAGCAGACCAACCAACAGACCAACCAACAAACCAACCAACCAACAGACCAGCAGACCAACCAACAAACCAACCAGCAGACCAACCAGCAGACCAACCAACAGACCAACCAACAGAACAACCAACAGACCAACCAACAGACCAGCAGACCAACCAAAAGACCAGCAGACCAACCAACAGACCAGCAGACCAACCAACAGACCAACCAGCAGACCAGCAGACCAGCAGACCAACCAACAGACCAACCAACAAACCAACCAGCAGACCAACCAACAGACCAACCAACAGACCAGCAGACCAACCAACAGACCAACCAACAGACCAGCAGACCAACCAACAGACCAACCAACAAACAACCAACCAACAGACCAGCAGACCAACCGACAAACCAAGCAGCAGACCAGCAGACCAACCAACAGACCAACCAACAAACCAACCAACAGACCAACCAACAGACCAGCAGACCAACCAACAAACCAAGCAACAGACCAGCAGACCAACCAACAGACCAGCAGACAAACCAACAAACCAAGCAACAGACCAGCAGACCAACCAACAGACCAGCAGACAAACCAACAAACCAAGCAACAGACCAGCAGACCAACCAACAAACCAAGCAACAGACCAGCAGACCAACCAACAGACCAGCAGACAAACCAGCAGACCAACCAACAGACCGACCAACAACCGACCAAUAG